AUGACAGAGAAAAGUUUCACACAAGUUGAGCCAAACUUUUCCUGCAGACCUCCUCCUCCUUCUCCUCCUCCUUUUCGCGCUUUUUUUUCUCCUUCUCCAAAUAUAGUGCAGAGACAGAUAGAUAUAAAGAUGGAUAGAUGUGAACAUAAAAACCCCUCGAGGCCUUUUGAAGAAGAUGAGGAGAUGCUGGUUCUUACACACAACGAUGCAUUGAAUCAAACUUACACUGAGGGUGAGAGAUUGCCCAUUAAAAGCAUAAAAAGCCGAAAUAAUCUCCAGAGUGAUGACACCAAAGGAAACAAAUUAUUCACAGAGGAAACCAGUCUGGUUUUCACACAUUCAGAUGACAAAACCUUGAAGGAUAAAUGCAAAAUUCCAAGAUCCACCGUCAAUGGCAUGCUGGAGAAUCCAACAUUAAAAGAAACCAGAGCGGAAGUUCUGCCCACCUCCGUCACCAUAACGUCAGCAGAUUACUGUUUGUUCAAAAACACAAGCUGCCAUGACAGGGAAAAACAAGUGUCUGAGAUGCAAGCCAACAAUAGAGAGAAGAGCCUACGUUUAAACCAGAAUCAAGAGAAAAAGAACAAUUUCUGCAUGAUACAUGGGCCUUCUAGAGGGAUACUCUCAGAAAAUAGAACUAAGGAAGAUGAAGAAGAAAUGGUGAGCCCUUAUAAUCUAAUUACCUCACUUCAAGAAGAGCAUCCCACCACAAGUCUGGCCUCUCCAGUUCAGAGCCUCAGCACUGAUUCCACAACUCUGAAUUCCCAUCCCACCAUCACGGCCUGGGAGGCAAGCUGGAAUGUCACAAAUGCCAUACAGGGUAUAUUUGUAUUGGGAUUGCCCUUUGCUCUGGUUCAAUCUGGUUAUAUGGGCUUGGUGAUUCUGGUUCUAUCAGCCUGGGUCUGCAACCACACAGGAAGGAUCUUGGUGGACUGUUUGUAUGAAGAGGAACACAGCAAAGAAUCUGACACUGUGUCAAAGGUCAGAGUUCGACACAGCUACCAGGAUAUCAUGGAUGCCUGCUGUAAAGGACUGUGGCCAUACUGGUCAGUAGUCGGAGGGUGGCUGAUCAAUGUAGCUCAGGUAAUUGAAUUGCUGAUGACCUGCACCCUGUAUCUGCUUGUCUCCACCACUCUGCUGUGUGACAGUCUGUCCGCAGUGGCUCUUCCCAGAUCAGCGUGUUCGCUGGUGUCACUGAUGUUCCUUCUGCCCUGCCUGCUGCUAACUGAUCUCAGACCAGUCUCCACGCUCAGCCUGCUCUGCUCUCUGGCUCACAUACUGAUAAGCCUGUUGGUCAUACUGUACUGUCUGAGCUGUGCCAGCAACUGGUCCUGGGCCUCCCUCUCUCUGUCUGUGGACCCAGAAGACUUCAUUGUCUCAGUAGGUGUCAUCAUCUUCUCCUACACCUCGCAGAUCUUCCUCCCUCCACUAGAAGGCAGCAUGGAAGAUAAAGAGCAGUUUGACACCAUGCUGGGGUGGACCCAUGGAGUUGCCUGCAUCAUGAAAACCACUUUUUCAUUACUGGCGGUGUUGACUUGGGGGCCAAAGACCAGUGAAGUCAUCACUGACAACCUACCUCCUAGCCUUCGGCCUAUUGUCAAUCUGUGUCUCCUUGCCAAAGCUCUUCUGUCCUACCCUCUGCCAUUCUACUCUGCUGCUGAAAUUCUUCAGACAUGUUUGCUUAGAGAUGCUCCCCUCUCAUCUUCUUCCAAACAGAGCAGUCAAAGAGUCACUGAUCCAGCCCUGAUGGUCCGGGGCGCCUUGGUGGUGUCAUCGUACUUACUGUCCAUGCUAGUGCCCAGGUUUUCCCUGCUAAUGGGCCUGACAGGGAGUGUGACCGGAGCAGCGAUGACACUCAUACUUCCAUGUCUGUUUCAUCUCAAACUGCAGUGGGAGCGACUUACUGUGCAGGACCGCCUGAUAGAUGUGGCUAUACUGAGUCUGGGGCUUUUAUGUAGUGUUGCUGGUGUGAUUUGUUCUCUGAAAGGUCUGUUGAGAGAUCUUUAAGAAGGUUAAUUAAAUUAAGUUACAUAAGGAAACUGGUACUUGUGUUUCUUUUGUGUGUGUUAUCUCUUAUCAAUGCGUGUUUAUGCCUUUCUUUUACCAUGUGUUUAUUUCACAAUGGAAUGUGAAAUAGACACAUUUCUUUCUCUAGAGGCCAAAGUUAUUCAGAUCCUUUGCAGUCAUCUAGUGCAUUCAGGAAGGGGGGUUUAAAAGGACUCUGGACUAAAACAGAAGAUUUCUAAUGAAAAAUGGUAAAUGAUACUGCUGUAAUGUAGAUAGAAAAGGAGAAUAAUUUUUUACCUUGUUUAACCUCCUAAGGAGAGUGUAUGAUUUAAAUAAGUGAAAAUAGGGUGUUUAUGUUGAAAGUAAUAUUUUACUAAUAACUGA